CGGAAUGAUCUGCAGAGCCGUGUCUUGCCUGGUUAACCAGAAAGGUCUUAAGGCCCUUCCCCCGGCCCGUCUUGAUUGGUACAGUGCGGACAGAUCGACCGGGACAAAGACCCCUGCAAGUCGAACAAUCGCGUGAUUAACAUGCCUGAACCGGAGUCGGAUUCCGUUUCCUCCGUUCGAGACUUGAAAAGGGCACAAUCCCCUCCGUCGACACUUGUGCAGACAAACCUUUGCCAGCCUAAAUCUUCCAGACCUUUCGCCAACUCAUGCUACGGAGCAGGACCAUCUGAUCCUAGAUCCCGAACGCUCUUUGGAAAGUCCCUGAUUCAAGGGACAUGAAUCCACGAUGUUCCGUUUGACUCCGCCUAGCGAGCCCGAAGGGCCCCGGGUCCCGAGGGCUUGUGUGCCUUGUGCUCGUGCCAAAGCCAAAUGUGAAUUCGAGCUAGACGAGAGCAUUUGCAACCGAUGUCGACGACUGAAAAAACCCUGCGCCGGGCAAGUUCCCGGAGCGCAUCGACGGAAAUCCAGGCCGAUAUCAGAUGUCGCACGACUAGAGCGCAAACUGGAUGGGGUAGCUGCUAUACUUGCGGCUUCGAAGCGCGUCGGCAGCUCGCCCCUUCCGAACCAGCUGUCACCCUCAGAUUCCACUGUUCUGUCUCCUCCAGACCAUGUCGAUCAAAUCCUCAACGAUGAGCAUGAAGAGUUGCUUAUUCUCAAUGCUUUCCGCGAAGACAUGAGUCAACAUUUCCCCUUUGUGGUCAUUCCGGCAGAAAUGACGCCCAAUGAUCUCAAGAAGACCAAACCUUUUCUGUUCAUGACCAUCAUGACAGUGGGUUGUAGGCACGACCUUGAGCGCCAGGCAGUUCUGGCUCAAAGAGUCAGGGAAGUCGUUAGUCGCAGAAUGCUUGUCGGUGGCGAGCAGAACCUCGAUAUCCUGCAAGGCCUUCUGGUCUACCAGGGCUGGCACCACGUUCAUUUCCACCUCGGCAGUCAACUAUGUAAUAUGAUCCACUUGUCGAUGGCGAUAGUGAGCGAUCUUGGACUCAACAAGAAUGUACAACAAAUGAGCAUGGGCACUUUCGGCACACUAAAAUAUUUUCGCCCGCCAGAACGGCAGAGUCCCACACGUUCACUUGAGGAGAGAAGGGCUUUACUAGGGACUUUCUAUGUGUCUACAAUGGUAUCGGUGAACGCUCGUGACUUUGAACCUAUCAGGUACUCCCUAUACGCCGAUGAGUGUUGUCAAAUCCUUGAAGGACAGGCCGAAUAUCCUAGCGAUAAACAUUUGGUCCAUCUGAUUCGGAUCACGCACAUGGGUAGCAAGAUUGCUCGGACUUUUACCCAGGACGAGUGGGAUGCCUGUUCAGGCUUGUCUGCCCCUGUCGGUGCGUGUGUGAGAGCUUUAAACGCAGAGCUGCAAAGUUUGAAGGCAACUUUACCCAGUGGUACACUUUUCACAGAUAUACUCUGGAUUCACUACUUUUUUGUGGAGAUUUUACUUUUCGAAGUUGCAGUGCACGACAGCAUUGGUAGUGCUGGCUAUAGCGACUUCUCAAUGACCCGGCUCAAAAUGCUGUUCGCCUGUCUCAACUCGACCAAGUUACUCUUCGAGAGAUGGUUCGCCCUACCGACAACUGCCUACUUCAACUUCACCUACUUCCAGUGGAGUCUGAUGGGCCACGCCAGUGUCGUUCUCUCCAAGCUAUGCCUCUUCAGUGGUGAAGGCUGGGACCCAACUUAUGCUAGAGACACAUUCGACUUCUGCGCGACAGUGGAUGUCGUGAUGAUGAAGAUGAACGAAGCGAAAGCUCUAACUGAGCAUUCGGCCGGGCAGAUGCGUCGAAAUCCGAACAUGUUGCCGUGCAGUGUCCCCCAGGUGUUCAAGGAGUUCACCUUAAAGUUACAGCAGUGGAAGGAAUUGCAUAACUACAGGGCAGCACAGACAAGGCAAGAGCAACAGCCACAGGUAUUGUCCUCGACAGGAGCCGAUGAUCUACCCUCGGCUGCUGCACAUGACGAAUUUUUGUUCCCAGGCGGGAGCAGCUUAGUCGAUUUCCUGGACGACAGCUUUUGGCCGCAGUUUCCUUGAGCGAUGUCACAGGAGGAAGUGCGUUGGUGUGAAAGAGCUAGACUCACAACCAUAAACAACGACAUCAUCUUCAAUGGGGACGGGUGAACAGCUUCAGUCGAAUACCAUGUUCCACCGCUGAACUCGCUGUGAGUCCAAAUAUAACAUUACGUGUGCGACAGUGUGCAGUAUGCAAUGUUCUGUACGGAAAGCAUCUUCAUCAACGAUCACUCAUCAUACAUAAUGGCGCAAGCAGUCACCGUUCUAUAUUCAAGGUGUACCGCAACAUGUCCGACAGGAAACCCGAUUUAAGCGCCCAAGAAGUUCGCAAUCUUCUCGCCAAGUCCUUGUUCCGCUUUCGGUCUUUCAACGCUAGACCCUCCGAAGCCCAUGGCGCCAACGAUGUUCUCGCCCCUAUCACCGAGCUUGCCAGGAGCGUUCUGUGCGACAGUCCCACGACGAAUCGUUGUGUCGCCCUGUAGACUUGACACCUUCGAAUCGCCGUCCAAUCCCAGCGACGGACGAUGGUGCGAGUUCAAGGGGUUUGAUGCAUCCGAGUAGUUGACUGGGUGCUCGGGGAUACUGGAGCCACGAGGUUGGGUUGCAUCAGCCUGUAUGCCGGCAGGAGUGGCGUCAGAAGAUGCGCCCAGGGGGUCGUUAUUGUUUGAGAAGGUGAUGGCGUCGGAGUUUGUGGCUGGGUAGGUUGAGCCAGUGUCUGGCAGGCCGGAGGUGGACAUGUUGGGGCUGUUAUAACGUGUAGCGUGGUUACGGAAGGAAUCUGAAGAAUAUGCCUGUUCGAAAUACUGGAGUAUCAGAAACGGUGUGUUAAAGUUGAGGACGACACAGUCCAGUCCCG